AUGCGUGUGUUUUGUGUAUUUCUGAUUGUGGCUGUGGUGGCCUGCAGUGCCGCCCCAGGAGCUGGGAGUGAAGAAGAUGGGAGAAUUGAGCUGUUCUCUGGAGUCGCUAUUGAGAAAGAUGCGACGGGAGAGGAAAAACUGAAUGUUAAGUUUGAGCCUGGAGAACUGAGGGAAGCGGCUAGGACGUUUGAAGAAGCACGAGGCAAGAUCAAGAAGUACUCCCCACUCCUGGCCGGCAUUGGAGUGAAAGUCCUGGCAGUGGCUGGUCUUCUGUUCGGCGGCCUCACACUCCUGGUCACCAAGGCUCUGGUGGUAGCCAAGCUGGCGUUUGUGGUGGCUGCAGCUUUGGGCAUACAGAAGUUGCUGAGUGGCGGCGGAUUGAACAACAUUAGUGGGAAGCUCGCCGGCUUCCAAUCCUCUCAGCAGUGGACUUCCCCCACAGCAUCAGCGGCCACCUACCCUUACGCCAGGUCUUCAAACAUUGGAGGUGAUGCCAAUGACUUGGCCUACAAAGCUCAGAUCAGCUCAUAA